AAAUUUUCCUUUUUCGUAUGGCAAUACUGACAUAACGCUAGAAAAGGAUUGUUGUUUGGCGCCUUUACGGGGCCGGUUAGAUUAUUAAUUUAGAUUUCCUAUAAAAUUGCGUACUAAAGUCCACAAAAUAACGUUAUUAUGGGAGAUAAAGGCGACGGAGAAACCUUCGACGAUGCAGUUGAAGAGAGGGUUAUCAAUGAGGAGUAUAAAAUAUGGAAGAAGAAUACACCAUUCUUGUAUGACCUGGUGAUGACACACGCACUGGAAUGGCCUUCUUUGACCGCGCAGUGGCUCCCAGAUGUCACUAGACCUGAAGGAAAAGACUAUUCUGUUCACAGACUUAUUUUGGGCACCCACACAUCAGAUGAGCAGAAUCACCUUCUAAUCGCCAGUGUCCAGCUUCCUAAUGAGGAUGCACAGUUUGACGCCAGCCAUUAUGAUAAUGACAAGGGUGAGUUUGGCGGUUUCGGCUCUGUCUCUGGGAAGAUAGACAUAGAAAUAAAAAUAAACCACGAGGGUGAAGUGAACCGGGCGCGCUACAUGCCACAGAACCCGUGCGUCAUCGCGACCAAGACUCCUUCCUCUGAUGUGCUAGUGUUUGACUACACCAAGCAUCCUUCCAAACCUGAACCCUCAGGAGAGUGCACCCCUGAUCUCAGAUUGCGUGGACACCAAAAAGAAGGCUAUGGACUGUCUUGGAACCCUAACUUGAAUGGCUAUCUUCUAUCAGCUAGCGAUGACCACACGAUCUGCCUGUGGGACAUCAACGCGACCCCCAAGGAGGGGCGCGUGAUAGAGGCGAAGUCGGUGUUCACGGGGCACACCGCCGUGGUGGAGGACGUCGCGUGGCACCUGCUGCACGAGUCGCUGUUCGGCUCCGUCGCCGACGACCAGAAGCUGAUGAUUUGGGAUACUAGAUGUAACAACACGUCCAAGCCUUCGCACACAGUGGACGCGCACACGGCGGAGGUCAACUGCCUCAGCUUCAACCCUUAUUCAGAGUUCAUACUAGCCACUGGCAGUGCUGACAAAACAGUCGCUCUCUGGGACUUACGCAACCUGAAGCUGAAGCUGCACUCGUUCGAGUCGCACAAGGACGAGAUCUUCCAGGUGCAGUGGUCGCCGCACAACGAGACCAUCCUCGCCAGCAGCGGCACCGACAGACGGUUACAUGUAUGGGACCUGUCGAAGAUCGGUGAAGAGCAGACAGCAGAGGACGCUGAGGACGGCCCACCGGAGCUGCUGUUCAUCCACGGAGGUCACACAGCCAAGAUAUCUGACUUCUCUUGGAAUCCCAACGAGCCUUGGGUCAUCUGUUCUGUCUCCGAGGACAAUAUUAUGCAGGUUUGGCAAAUGGCCGAAAAUAUCUACAACGACGAGGAGCCGGAAACGCCAGCAUCAGAACUGGAGUCUGGUGUCAACGUCAACCACGGAUAGGCCUUCGCCACGGGCCCGGAAUGGAGCCCGGAGCACGACUAAUAUAAUACAACAUAAUGCUCCUACACAGAAUUGAACGUUUUUGAAUAUCUAAAUUAUUUUUACCUUGCACCUCAUCAACAUAUUUAUAUUAUAGCUAACCGGGGAAAUGGUCUGCCAUAUUUUUUUUUCAUGAAAAAAUACUAAAAUAAAAAAAUUGAAUCCUAAAGUGUGAUACUUCCCGUGUAACAUAGGCGUCCACUUAUCAGCAUCGUACGUAUCGGACGAAUAACGGAUUUUUAAUUUUACGGUAGUAUCCAUUCGAUGCCUACCAGUAAAUCCUAUCCCUGGAUAAAAUAAUAAAAGUAGCCUAUAUGUUGUCCUUUAACUUCCAGUGAAAGUGUCAUUAAAAUCGGUUCAGCCAUUUGUGUUUUAUUAUUGUCUAUUGAGUGCUAUUACUUAAAAGGAAUGACCGUCCAUUAUAAUAGGCUGACAGUUUUUUUAAAUGGUUUUAAAUAGUUCAUUGUUGUUCUACUAAAUUGAAAAUAAAUUCAAUUUUUUCAUGACGUAAUUAUAUGAAAAUUUUAGUUUUUAAAUAUAUUUGUGACAAUACGAGCAAAAACGCCUGUCGGCCAUGAUGGUCUAUAUUUCAACUGUUUCAUGACGUCACUCUAACAAAUCCCUUACAAACGGAGCGUUUGACAAAAAUAUUGGUUAACAUUGUGACGUCACAGACGACAGCGUUUUUGACGUUUGGAAAUUUUUUCAUGAUUUCAUUCAAAAAUACAUGAUUUUUAAAUUAAGUUUUAUAAGAAAUCCUUAACUUUUAAUAAUUAAUGUCUAUAUAUUUCGGACCCUUAUUCCAUGUACUAAUUUAAUAUUUUGUAAUGUUUAUUUCGCAUAGAUUUUUUUUUGAUAUGAGUGAGAGAGAGAGUAUUUUUUUUUUUUUUAUUUGAUACGAGUCAACUACCCUAUUUUCAAUCCCUCAGUGCAACCUCCCGUCUUUUGCUUUCUAUGUACAAUAUAAAUGUAUUGAGGUGCCAGAUAAAUAUAAUUCACUGAUAUUUUUCAUCGAGAAACAUCGAAGCAUUUUGUAACGUUCCAAUGUUUAACUUCUGUGAAUGAGCACAAUUUUGGGUGUUAAGAUUUGGAGUAAGAUAAAUGCAAAAUUAUUUAAAACCAAAUAAAAUCUCUAAAUUUUUGAUAAAUUUUCUUUGGAAUUAGAACAAAUUCAUUUAAAACCAAUCAAUGCGUAUUUUCCCACAGUUUCUUUUUACGAUGGAUUAAUUAAAAUUAUGUUAUAAAUAAUUUAAAAGUUCAUAUCGCCGAUAAAUCUUAAUUUUUAUUUAUCAUUUUUUUUUCUGUAGAUUUAUUUUAUUUUAACAGGUGAUUUUAUUGACACAAGUCAUAUCAUUAUUACAUAUUUGUGAAAUUUUUGAAAACAACAUUCAAAUCAAAUAAUUAUUCAUUUCUUUCAAAUAGGCUUAGUUUACAAGUUCUUUCGAAACGUCAGGUCAUAUUAUACUUAAGAUAAUGGUGAUAAUAAUUAGUCGAAAACUUAAAGUUACGAUCCAAAUGCGCCUUGGUCCGAGGAGAGCCCACAACAAACUCAGCCAGGUUUUUCCUUUUUUUAGUUAUCACCAUUUAACAAUAGGUAUAUAUGUAGCCUGUUAUGUAAUACAUUUCAUUUCCAAGCAAUUAAUCAUUAAAAAAUUAAAUCAUUAUUCCAAACUCCUUAUGUUGGGCGCAAACUUCAGUUGUUAUUAUUGUCUAUUGCGUAUCAAUAAAUUAAGUAUUAAUUUUGGUAAAAAAAAACAAAUUUAUGCUGACACUACACGACAGGUGACUGACCCAUCAUGUGGUCGUGAAAUAGCUAUGCGAUGGUUGUAACUAAGCAAGCUAUUACCUAUUAUGUCGAUCGUUGAUGAUUCAAAGUUUGAAUCAUCUUAAAAGUGAACAUUUAAUAAUAAUAGUCAGGGAUCCUUAGAACAUUUUGUACACCUGAUUACUAACAAGCUAAUUUUUCAUCUCAAUGAGACGAUAAAAUUUUUUAUUUACGAAAAUUCUUGAUUCUGGUAGCUAAGUGAGUUAACAGGAAAUGAAAAUUUCAGAACGAGAUAAUGUUCAGUUUGGAUCGUACCGCGAUGCAAGAACCAGCUCAUGACUAAGGGCCCCGUAUGGGUUCGAAACUAGUCUGGCAUACUCCUACCUAAUAUCACGGAGUUUUAGCCGUGUUUCAUAAUCAAUUAAUACGAGAUAAUGUACCACACAAUUUGUAGGACUAUGUGGCUGUUAAAAUGUAUAACUAUUUAAUAAGCAACAGUAAAGAAAACAGCUGGUUAGUAACAACUUUUAAUAACCUUGUUAUUGAUAUAAGUUGGGAGGAGGGUAAAGUAACAAAAGCUGUUACUAACCAAUUUUUUUUUUUUACUGUACUAGAAGCUACUUACGAAAAAUUAGCUUGUUAUUAAUCAGGUGUACAAAAUGUUCUUGGGAUCCCUGACUAUAACACGUAGUACAUACAUUACCAAUAUAGAAGUAGGGACCAGGAGUAAGUAAAACUGGCAUUUCAUUUUAUACAGGAUAAGUUUUUAAAGUAAGUUAUUUUUUCUAAAUGAUGCAGACACAAAAUUUUGACAUAAAAGUAGGUAUUUUUUUUAAUUUACAUCAGUUUUGUCAUAAUGGGAAAACUGCUGGUAUCUCUGUCUAAGCUGAGGAUUUUAGAGUAUAUGGUAUUUUAGUCGAUUACGAACAAUUUUUGGAUUUACCGCCCAAAAAUUGUUCGUACUCGAAUAAAAUACUAAAGUAGUCCGAACUAGGUCUAAGGGAAUCAUCUUCCCUUAAAUCAGAUAAGUCCCAAACUAAAGAUAAAUUUAAAUGAAGGAUUUGUUUCAUUUUUAAAUUAACGCAAAACUAAUUCUAGAUGUCGCUACUUUACCGUAACAAGUUACGCGGUGAAUGUUAUUUUUUUGGAAACCUGUUUCAGUUUGAAUUAUUUGAAAUGUAGGAUAGCGUUUUAUUUCCGACGCUGUUGCCAAAAUAUUGUUUUAUUUUUCUGUAAAAAAUAUCGGCAUUUUGUAUUUAUCAGUAUACAAUAUACAUACAUACCAUACAUUAUAUAUAUAUACAAUAUACAUACAUAGUCGGGUAGUUCACCAAUACAAAUAAUAAUAAUAAUAAUAAAAUAUUUUUCAUUCUGAUUAUGUUUUAGUUGAACGCUCUUUACAAGAAUCGGGAUGAUGACUAGGGUGAAUAUUGAAUAUACAGAGGGCCUAGUGGCAGUUUGAUACUGUUACCGUCACGUAACGUAAACGCGAAUUUCCAAGGAAUUGAAACAGCGCCAUCUAGUGGCACUACUGCACAACUGUUUCAAUUCCAUAUAAAAUUUGCGAAAACGUCAACGUGAUAGUAACAGUAUGAAAAUAUUGAAAACUCCCAAUAUUAAUCAAUUAAUGCAUAAAGAACAAAGAUUAUCUGGUUUGCAAAAGAAAUAAGAUUAUAGCAUUUCUAAAUCAAUAUGUAAAAAUCUUUUAUCGUAAUCAGAUGAAAAUUAAUAAAUUUCUAGUACAUUAAACGUGACAUUUAUACGCACAAAUAACAAACAUAUUUGUAAUUUUGUUUGAAAGUCCAUACAAAUCUAACGAUCACUAUGAAGUAUGACGUCAUUCAUUCGUGCCAUUUUGUAUGAAGCGUUUUUGAACGAUCCGUGGCAGUGCCGCAAAUAUGAUCCUUUAAAUCCCUGUAGCUCUGAAAGUAAUUAUUGCAGAUACCCUGUUACUUCUACAAAAUUGCUUUACUGUUAGCAUACUCUUAAUUUAUAUAGAAUUAAAAAAAACUGUCAUCAUCCCUUUUGGCAACAUUCCGGGAAGUCCAUUUUUGCCAUUGGAUAUAGUUUUUGUGGCACUUGUUACAAAUUUAAAUGAUUUGUUGUUAAAAUUUAAAGCUAUUGAUCAUCGUAUGAUUUAAAUGUGAAUUAUGAUGAUAAUGCUUAAUAGUAAGAACUUUGCGGCAAACUUCUAGUCCGCUCUGAACAGGAGGCGUGUGGUUGUAGUGUAGCAGUGUUAUGGCAAGCAAACAGAUCUGCAUCGCAAUUCGCAGGUAUCGGACGUAUCGCAUCAAACGGAUUUUAGAUUUUACGGUAAAUAAAAUCGGUACGAUGUGGAUCAGUGGACGCAUUUGUAUGACAUUCUAUACAAAUAAUACUGAUAUCAGUUUUGAUGCGAUGCGACGAUACACGUCUGGGGAGUUGCAAUGUCAGAGUGGACUAGAAGUUUGGGGCAAUGUAUACCUACUUGUAAUUCAAUUAUUUGUAAUCAUAAACAAAUUCAAAUAAUUACAAAUAUUGAAGACUUAAAAUGGUAUUCUUCUUGACAACAAUAAUAUAUUUUCAAUUAUUUUUUUGAUGAUUUUACUUAUUAUCAACACCGACUUUAUAAUGCUUGAGUUUAUAAUGCUCCCAAAAGUACUAAAUGGAUUUUCGCGCCAUUUCGGUUAUCAUCGGCUCUGACCAAAAAUAAUUGGUAGCUCCAAUUAGUUAGAGCUAACUCUUUUUAAAAACGGGUCCCUUGAUCCAACAAGAGAGACCAUAAAUGACUCUGUUUUCAAGUUACUUUUUUAUCUUACGGUUUAUUUUAAAAAUAUUUAGCUGUAUGAAAAUCACUAUUCUGGAUAAAUAUUGAUGUUCUGUAAGUGAUUCCAUUAUUAUUUAUAUAAGGUAAUAAAAAUGAUUCGGAAUAAAAAAAAUGUAAAAAGAAAAAUUAAAGUUAGUUAAAAACCGACUGACCGGUAUUUUAUGUUUAUGCAUUAAUAGAAUGUAAUUUUAAGUUCUGCUAAGUACGAUAAUUAAAAUCUCAAUUUUA